ACGGACAACCUCGUUGACAUCAACACCACGACCAUUAAAAGUCUCUACGUGGCUCGGUGGUAAAACUGUGAAGUCUUUUUUAUUUUUCUUCUACAACAGUGAGUUUGAAGCUAAAUCAUGCUGGCGACCAGGGCUUUGCUGUCAAAACAAACGCUGGCUGUUCUUUCUCGCCAGCCUGCCUGCUUUGUGCACCAGGGUGACUACGGCAACUGGGGAAAUACUAACGUUGCAGUGGUUUUCUCGGGAUGUGGAUGGUGGGACGGUACUGAUGUCCAUGAAGGGGUUUACACCAUGUACCACCUGAGCCGUAACGGCGCCCGCUUCCAGAUGUUUGCUCCAAAUCAACAGCAGAUGCACGUGAUUGACCACAUGAGAAAGCAACCUGCCUCUGGAGAGAACCGGAACAUGAUGAUGGAGGCAGCCCGCUUCAGUCACGGACAGGGAAUGACACAAAUGCAGGACCUGUCCAAGCUGGACGUCAACAGCUUCGAUGCCGUCAUCUUUCCAGGAGGCCAUGGAAUCAUCAAGAAUCUAUCAUCUUUUAUGAAGGACGGCAAAGACUGCAAGCUGCACGGCGACGUGGAAAGGGUGCUUAAGGAUUUCCAUCGUUCACGCAAGCCUAUCGGACUCGCCAGCAUGGCUCCUGUGCUGGCCUGCCGUGUGCUGCCGAGCAUUGAGGUAACCAUGGGUUACGAGCGAGACGACAACACCCGCUGGGGAAACUGGCCAAACACAAACAUGGUGCAGGCUGUGAAGGGCAUGGGUGCUCGCCACAACGUCCGUGAGCCAUAUGAAGCCUAUGUGGAUGAGAAGAACAAAGUGGUUAGCACUCCAUCCUUCAUGUGGGAGACUGAUUAUCACUAUCACUAUAUAUUUGAUGGUAUUGGAAAUAUGGUCAAGCAUGUCAUGCGUAUGUCAACCAAGUGAGGUGACAUCUGGAGAAGAAAUAGUGCUACUGCAAAAUAUACACCUGUGUACUGUGAUGAAUUCUUACCUGAAACAAUAAAAAAAUAGUUUAGUAAAACGCAAA